UUUUGGAAAUGGCCUGGUGAAAUUCAAAAAUUGUGCCAUGGCCUUCGUGCUUGUGGUCUGUGCGUGUCUAUUGAGCAGUGUGACUGGCGUGGACAUUACUAUACAGCAUCAUAUCAUCUGCAGUGCCUAUGGGCAUCAACUUCUCGAAGCGAAGUUUGGUCGGGAGGUGUAUCUGCUGUGUUUGAAGUUGCAGCCGAUUGGAUCGUCCACUUUAGCUACACGUCACUCAGCUCUCUUCUUGGACCCCGAUGAUCAUGAUGAGAAGAUCCAUACACCUUUAGAGAGCAUUCCGCUGGCUGACAUCACCAUGGCAUACGGGUUUCCAGUAGAAGACCCUGCUUCUGGUACCGCUGAAGGAUACAUAGGAGAAGACUAUCAGUUCUAUGGAGUUUUGCAUUUAGGUAAUCGUACUCUUCAUGCGGAUCCUUACGGCCACGAUGACCCGACCAAAUUCUUUGGCGCCUUCGAAAACGACAAUAUGGCGGCGCCGCGGUACCGACGCGAUCAUGCACAGAUGGAUUAUAACAUUCUAGAACGCGUUCCGUUCUUUCCGUACCGAAUAGAAGAGCGGAAAAAGGUGCCAGGUGUUGCUCGAGCAAGGAUCUGUGACCUUCUGCUCCUGGCUGACAAAGAGUUCUUCGAGAAGGAUGCCAACUCAAGUUUGAAUCAUGUAGUGCGUAGAAUGAUGCAUGCAGUCGCACAAGCUGAUAUUAUAUUCCGAAACGCUGAUUUCAACGAAGAUGGAAUUCCUGAUAAUAUUGGUUUUUCAGUGAAGUACAUAUUAGUGCUGACUUCAAAUGACACGAACACACGAGUAUUUGGAGAUCUACUAAAAGACAAAGCGAUAGACGGACGAGCCUAUCUCAUGCGUUUUGCCAGACUCCGACGACUGUCUGAAGUAUGUCUUGGUGUGGCAUUUUCUGGACAUGCUUUUCAUAAUAGAACUCUGGGUCUCAGUUUUACUUCCCUUGGGGGAGGUAUGGGAGGAGCAGCUGGUGGGCUUUGUGACCGGCGCGCAUACGGGCGCUCCUUCAACACGCUAGCUAUAGCACACGCCACUACAGAGGCAUUGAGUAGGGUUCCUGAGAGAAUCGCAGCUCUCACACUUGCUCACGAGAUGGGUCACAGUUUUGGCGCCCACCACGACGAUAAUUUCCCCAACCCUGAGUGUCGAGGAUACCUCAUGGGCUCCCAGUCCUCGACUGUAGUCAAUGGCUUAAACUUCGAGUUCUCGUUGUGCAGCAAACGAUUGAUCGCCGCCACGCUAAGCAGCAUGAGCUAUUGUUUGAUGGAAGAGGAUCGACCUUAUUGUGGGAAUGGAAUAGUAGAAGAAGGUGAAUCCUGUGACUGUGGUCUGCCGUCUCAUUGCAUUCAUAAAGACCCUUGUUGUACACCACGAGGUGGUGGUGCUCUCGUCUUCGAAGAAGGGACGCUACACAAAGAUGGAUGUUCAGUAGCCCCAUCAGCCAUGUGCCACCCGUCCCAAGGACUAUGCUGCACCGCCAAAUGUCAGCUUGCAGACCUCGUAAAAAGUGGUAUUGACUGCAGAGAUCAAGACAGAGAGUGUACAUGUGAGGUCCUGUCGGCAAAGUGUCGGUGUGGUCUGAACGGAAGGUGCAUGUCUGACGGGUCCUGUCACGCGGCCGAGUGCGCCACGCUGGGGCUCAGGGAGUGCCAGUGCGUCAAGAAACCACGGGCAGAAGGGCUCUUACGGGGUUCAAUGUUAGGCGAGAUGAAUAUGUGCGGUAUUUGCUGCGAGGUCCCAAUCACUGGCGGGCGGCCGCAGUGCGUGGGCGUGGAGGAGGCGGCCCGGGAGAGACUGGCCGCUAACACACCGCUACCAAAAAACUGGCCUGAUGAAGACUACAGAGGACCGAAUGUAACGAUACGUCUAUGCGAGGACUACUCGUGCAACAGCACGUGGGUGCGGGCCUGGAACGCCGGCAGUGUAUGCGUCACUCAGAACGUGGUCGGCAUAUGCUCACCGCGCGGCCUAUGCAAGCUCGACUAUAUCACGCCGCGAUCCAACGUAUACCCAGAUAUCAUGAACAUUCGCCUGACGGGAGCAAAAAAUCUGUCAAGAAGCCUAAAACCAGUUUCGAUAAUAUUCUUUUGUAAUUUAUUUUUGCUCUGUUUUAUAAAAUAAUAUACAAAUAAUUCAUAA